AUGGAGCGACAGACCGUCGCUCUGCGCUGCAGAAAAAAGGCAGCAACCUCCAGCUUAGCUGAUUUCUAUAAAGAUGGCCACUACAGACAGACUGGAUAUCAAGGCCAGGUUAUCAUUCACAACGUCUCCAAGUCCGACGAAGGACUGUACAAGUGCAAAAUCUCUGGAGGAGGAUCAGCAGAGAGCUGGCUGGCUGUCAGAGCAUAUGUUGCUGAUGCACCUCAAGACGGUCAGGAGUCGUUUACUCGUCCUCCCUACGAUGGACAUGUUGAGCUUUCCAUCCUGUUACCGACUGUUUUCACCAUUAUGUGUGUGGCUGUGCUGCUGUCAGUGGUGGGAAUACUUCAGUGUCGGAAACACAAAGUCGCGUGUUUUUCCGCUGAGAUGCCAACAACAGGAUCAGAUCCAGAUAAGUAUAAAAUAGUCUGCGAACAUGCCCCCAUAGCUGAACCACGCAUGGAUUUAUACGCUAAUAUCACAGAACACAGAAACAAAAGAGUUCGUGGACGUCCCCGUGUAGCUGAGACACACAUGCCUAUAUAUGUUAAUAUCACAGGACACAAGAAGAAAAAAAGUUCUGAAUUGACAAAUGUAGCUCAUUCAAGCAAAGCCAAAGGGAGGAAGCAGAGAG